AAAGGAAAUUUCCCCAAAUCCUAUAUCGUUUUUCAAGGGCCAAGGCAGCAAAUCACGCCCAAAACCCAAAGGAUUCCCAAAACCGAAUUGGGAAUCUGAGGUUUUAGCGGCACGUCUUCUAUUUCUUGCGGAACACCCUACGUCUUCUAUUUCUUUGCGGAGCACCCUCCGACGUUUUCUCUCUCUGCUCUUUCUCUAUUUCCCUUGCAGAGCGUCGCCUCUCCUCUCCUCUCCGUGGUUUGGUGUGCAGAGGAGUCUGGUCUCUCACUCCCUGCUUUCAAGCUUGAAAUCUGCAGAGUUUAAGAGUUCGAAACUCAAACUUAAACCUCUUCCUUAAGAAAUCGAAGAUCCCACUCAGAUUCUAGAAAGAUGAACUUCAAGAAUAUGAAAGUUCCAAAGAUGCCAGGGGGAGGUGGUGCUUCUGCGCUGCUUAAGGUGGGAGUCAUUGGUGGUUUUGGUGUGUUUGCUGCACUUAAUAGCCUCUACACUGUUGAGGGAGGACAUCGGGCUAUUGUCUUCAACCGUCUAGUUGGUGUUAAAGACAAGGUUUAUCCAGAAGGAACACAUCUGAUGAUCCCAUGGUUUGAUAGACCAGUGAUUUUUGAUGUCCGCGCGCUUCCUCGUCCUGUGAUUAGUACUUCGGGAAGCCGUGAUCUCCAAACGGUCACUAUUGGGCUUCGAGUUCUUACGCGACCUGUUCCAGAUCGGUUACCUGAAAUCUACAGAACUCUUGGAGUGGACUAUAAUCAUACAGUCCUGCCUUCCAUAAUUGAUGAAACCUUGAAAGCUGUGGUGGCACAGUACAAUGCCAGCCAGCUUAUCACUCAGAGAGAGGCUGUUAGUAGGGAAAUACGAAAGAUAUUGACAGAAAGGGCAGCCAACUUCAACAUUGCCUUGGAUGAUGUAUCCAUUACUAGCCUUACAUUUGGAAAGGAGUUUACUGCUGCAAUUGAAGCAAAACAGGUUGCGGCACAGGAAGCUGAGAGGGCCAAGUUUGUAGUAGAAAAAGCUGAGCAAGACAAAAAAAGUGCUAUUAUCCGGGCACAGGGUGAAGCUAAGAGUGCCCAACUGAUUGGUCAAGCUAUUGCAAACAAUCCAGCAUUCAUCACCUUAAGGAAAAUUGAAGCUGCCAGAGAAAUAGCACAUACAAUUUCCAAAUCAGCAAACAGGGUUUUCUUGAACUCAGAUGACCUGUUGCUGAACCUUCAGGAGAUGAAAUUGGAAAGUGGAAAGAAAUAAAUGGUCACAUCGUAUUCAGAGAGAUUCUUACAUUUUUUUUUGUCAUCCAGAGUUGGUUCAUUUGGUAGAUUGUAGACAAUCUUCCUUAUAUUGAUUUUUCUUAUCACUAGACUUUAGCAUUGGUUCUUUUGUGGUAUGAAUUAUUUACCUCGAGUAAAAGAAAGGUUUCUCGGA